AUGCCCAAGUGCCCCAACUGCGGCGGGAGGCAUGGUCCCCAAUAUCAGGAAGCUGACUGUUCCAUAGGCAACAAUAUCAUUGAGAUCAAGGACUUGAAGGAUGACAGCGAACAGAAGCCUCAACCAGCACCACAACCGGGGAUUUCAACUGAGGUGAAGAAAUGA